UGUUAAUGUAACUCUAUUACUUUCAAAAACUCGAAAAAACCUUUCUGAAUACUGAAAACCAACAAAUAAAAUAUGUCAGUAAAACAAAUUGAUACAGAUGCAGAAGAAAAUAGUGAUAAAAGCUUACAGGCGAUUUUCUUAAACGGUUGGCAAGGAUUUGAAGAAUUGGAAGAAACUUCUUUGCCUUUCAACUCAGUGGAAUAUCAACUCAAAGUUAAAGAUGUUAUGUCAAAAUUUGAAGCAGCUACAACGUUUGUGAAUCGAAUUGGCCUGUUUAGUCCAAAUGAACUCAUUGAUGAAGUUUCGACAGAUUCCUUGCAAUAUUUGCUGCUACCCUUCUUUUUGGGCAAAACGGCACUUAGAUUGAAACAAGAGGACCGUGGUGAAGUGCUACAAAUUGCCGAAGUGUACUUCAAAGACUUUUUGCAACGCUGUGAAGAAUAUGAUUUAUGUGGUUCCCGUAAAAGUGAUGAAAGUGGCGGAAGUGCAGAAGGCGGUAAUCCUAACGAAUUAGCACAACUAAUGCGUGCCGCGCACGCACGCAACAAUAAAAUUGCUCAAUUUCGAAAAAAGAAGGAAUUAGAGGAAUUUGUUAAGAAAAUGAAGCUUGCUGUGCGCAAUAAAAGUGUUGAUGAUGAAGUGCGCAGAGAAUUUUUCCUAAAACUUCUCAAUAAAAGCAUAAUUGACGCAAACGAAGAGCUGGACAGUGUGAAACUGGAAAAGCAAAUGGUACAAAUGCAUGUGGCAGCUGCUAGUGUUGCUGCAGCGUCAAACGAUGACUUUUCAGCUAAUACAACAAUGACAACAUCUAAUUCGGAACAUGCAGGACACUCACAUCAUCAUCCCCACCACAACCGCCCGCAAACAAAAAGGAAACCAAUGCAGCCGUUCAUUAUAACUCGUAAUGCCGCACAAAAGGCAGUGUUCGGUGCGGGUUAUCCGAGUUUGCCGGUUAUGACUGUCGAUGAGUUUUACGAUCAACGCGUGCGCGAUGGUGUUUUCCCUGAUGAAGAAAAAGUAGAAAAAAUGAAUCGUGAACAAGCAAUCGCCGCUGCUAAAGAUCCCAAUGAGAAGGAAGAUGAGGAGAAGGCUAUCGAAGAGGUUCAAAUUGAAAAUGAUGAUCCUGAAUAUCUGGAGCGCAUGCGUCGUAUGGACGAGUACAAAGAUGUAGUGCGUCGUGGCGAUGGAAAUCGUUACAAUCGCAGUUGAACUAUACGUUUUUAUUGAUGGUUUUUUAAUUAUACUAGGUUUUUCUUGA